AUGGUGCUGAAGCCGAUCGUGCUGGAGCACGUGCUCCAGGGCCCCUCGUUCAAGACGCUCGUCGACCACUUUAUGGCCAACACUGACGAGAACAGCCCGCUGUUCGAGGAGCGCAAGGGCCACAUCCGCGACGCCCUCGACCACACCUUCGACAUGCUCAUCAAGCAGUAUUCGCAUCUGAAGGCUGAUACUGAUCUGGCCAAGCCCGUCAAUGUCCCGCCCACCAAGGAGACCACCCGCAAGCGCCGCGACCCGCGCGCCGCCGCCGUCGCCGCGCUGUUCAGCGACGAGUUCCUGGGGCAGCUCGUCGACGGGACCGCCCUGCGCCUCGUCGUCGAGGAGAAGGAGCGCCAGAAGCGCUCGGAGGCGUUCCUCGCCAGCCUGGUGAAGCAGCGCCUCCACGACGAGCAUCAGCCGGCUCAUCCCCACCCAGAAGAUGCUGAAGAGCGACGCGCGGCCGAUGAGCCGAGGAAGCGUGUGAAGCGAGGGGUUACUAUCAUCCGCUCAAUCAUCGAGGAGAACCGCCGCCUAAAACGCGACAGCACCAUGGAAGACAAGGCCAAAGCCUCGUUGAGGGUCCUCCGCAAAGCGUUCGUCGACCCGAUUCUCGAGCCAAUCGAAUAUGUCGGCCGCCACCUUGGGAUGAACAUUGGUGGAGAUGAUCACGUCGAGGCCAAGGAGGAGAAGCUGACGGCCGAACCGGUGGACAUCGUUCGGCCCGCGCGCUCCCUGCCCAAUCCCGUCAUUCAGGAGGAGGAGAUUGACCCGGUCCACAUCCCCGAGCAGCCAAUGACCAAGGAAGAGCGAGCCGAUCAGCAGGACGUCAUGGAUGCCUAUGCGCGCUACAUCUCGUGGAACCCGAGCGGCUGGAAGGCCGACGCCGACCCGAAAACGCGCAAGCGCCGUAGCGCCGACGGCUUCAAGGUGACGGGUGCCCUGGCCUUCAUCAACAAGCAGUCCAGCGACCAGCCCGAGGACCAGAAGCCCAUCCGCUCCGCCUCAUCCAUCGCGGAUGCCAUCGCUCGCCUGCUGCAC